GAUUCUUGUCUUCCAUCUUGUCAGGCAUUUGAGGACAGCCUUCGUAAAAACAGAUCAGUGAUAAGUAACUGGUUAAAAUAUGCUCAGUGGGAGGAGAGUCAAAGAGAAAUUCAAAGAGCACGGUCUGUUUAUGAGAGAGCUUUAGAUGUAGACCACAGAAAUAUCACUAUUUGGCUGAAAUAUGCAGAGAUGGAAAUGAAGCAUCGCCAGAUUAACCAUGCUCGAAACAUCUGGGACAGAGCUGUCACCAUCUUGCCAAGAGUAAACCAGUUUUGGUACAAGUACACCUACAUGGAAGAGAUGCUCACUAAUGUUGCUGGUGCACGGCAGAUAUUUGAACGAUGGAUGGAAUGGGAGCCGGAUGAACAAGCUUGGCAUUCCUACAUUAACAUGGAGCUCAGAUACAAGGAAGUAGAUCGUGCAAGGAGUAUAUAUGAAAGAUUUGUAAUGGUGCAUCCAGAGGUGAAAAAUUGGGUGAAGUUUGCUAAAUUUGAGGAGCGACAGUCCAAUACAGUUGGUGCAAGAGAUGUUUACGAAAGAGCAGUGGAGUUUUUUGGGGAAGAAAAUGCAGAUGAGAAACUUUUUCUUUCAUUUGCAAAAUUUGAAGAAAACUGCAAAGAGCAUGAUCGUGUCAGGGUCAUUUUCCAGUAUGCUCUGAAAAUCUUACCAAAAGAGGAGUGCGAAGAGCUAUACAAAGCCUACACUCAACAUGAGAAGAAAUAUGGAGACAGAGGAGGGAUAGAAGAUGUGAUUGUAAGCAAGAGAAAGUUCCAGUAUGAGGAG